GUUGCUUUCUACAAUAACAUGUUCAACACCAUUUCACAAUAUGGUACUCCUCACUAUGACCCCCUCCAUAGUGGAGGCGAUCAAUCAAUCUUUUAAACCCGGAUUUGACGAUAUUGCAAUGAGCAACGACGAACCUUUACUAAAAGACCCCUCGGUCGGAAACCCAAUAAGUCACGGACAGAUAAUUGAUAUAUGGAAACGUCUUAAGGAUGAGAACGAUAAUACCACAAGACUAGAACAAUUGCUUCGAGGUGCGACGGUCUAUGCACCUCCCCCGCCACCGAAGCCAGAGCCGACCGAAGAGUAUAAAGCAUUAAUGGCCCGAUUACGUCACGAGGAAGAAGAAAGAUCAUACGAACGCAUGUUAAAGAAAGCUCCGCCACGAGAAUCAUUUGCGCGCAGGUUUCCCUCGGAUCCCAUGGCGCAUUCGUUCGCUGAAGUCAAUCGGCCUUUCAGGGCUUCGGACAUAGGCGAAGACAUCGAACAUGGCGAUAUACAAAAGCAGAUAACCCUGGUCAUCAACUUCCUGGUUAGCAUAUUCGGCUGCGGUGUUGCGCUCUGGUUAGCUGCCAGGUGGUGGGGCGUUCCAGCACGACUAUUCUUAAGUUUAGGUGGUAGUAUCAUCGUUGCUAUCGCUGAAGUUGCUGUCUAUUCUGCUUAUACAUGGAGAAUGGCAGAAGGGGAGAAACAGCAAAAGAAGAUGAAAGAAGUGAAAAAGAUCGUUCAAACAUGGGUUGUUGGAGAAGACGACAAUGUUAAGGAGGGUUCCGUCGAAGAACUUACACUAGAAAAUAUGGAGCCCGAAACGAACAUCCGCCGAAGGACAAAAUGGUCAACAUAAGUUCACUAAAAUAUGCUACAUCCUGUCUAAAUUAUAAAUCGCACCGGUCUAGGUUAGUAUUAUCACUUUUGUCUUACGCCGUUGUGAUGGUGAGAUUGUCUUUUCAAACUGGGUGGACAGCUGCUAAGUUGGUGAUGUCACCUGCUGACGGUCGAGUAGGGAUCCUAGGUAGGAUGUAC